CUUCCCGAUUUCCAUUCGUCCCACCCCCAUCAUCCUUACCCAAUCAUCUCUCCCCUCUUCACACACAUACACAUUCGCACUACAAACACACCAUGGCUGCAGUGUGUGUGCUCCGCAUUGCCUCCCUUCUCUUGCUUUUUACCGCUGCUAAAGCUAGAAUCCCAGGGCCUUACACCGGAGGGCCGUGGGAGAGUGCCCACGCCACUUUCUACGGUGGCAGCGACGCCUCUGGAACUAUGGGUGGUGCCUGUGGAUAUGGCAAUCUCUACAGCCAAGGCUACGGAGUGAACACGGCCGCACUGAGCACAGCACUUUUCAAUAAUGGGCUGAGCUGUGGUGCUUGCUUCGAGAUCAAGUGCGCCGACGACCCCAGGUGGUGUAACCCUGGGAAUCCCUCCAUUUUCAUCACCGCCACCAACUUCUGCCCCCCGAACUAUGCUCUCCCCAACGACAAUGGCGGCUGGUGCAACCCUCCCAGGCCCCACUUUGACCUCGCCAUGCCCAUGUUCCUUAAGAUCGCCGAGUACCGCGCUGGAAUCGUACCCGUCACUUUCCGCCGGGUUCCAUGCAGAAAGCAAGGAGGCAUCAGAUUCACGAUCAACGGCUUCCGUUUCUUUAAUCUGGUUUUGGUUACCAACGUUGCGGGUGCAGGAGACAUCGUGCGGGUGAGCAUUAAAGGAUCGAGCACUGGGUGGAUGAGCAUGAGCCGCAACUGGGGUCAGAACUGGCAGUCCAACGCCGUUCUCGUUGGCCAGGCUCUUUCCAUCAGGGUCACGGGCGGUGAUCGCCGUACAUCCACCUCAUGGAACGUGGCACCCUCUCAUUGGCAGUUCGGUCAGACCUUCACCGGAAAGAAUUUCCGUGUCUGAACUCUCUGAUCGAUCACGAGUCUUUUUUUCCUUUUUUUUGGGGUUCCCGCUCAUUUUAGCUUGCUUUCCCAGCUUCGAUUUUCCUUUAUUUUCCCGAGAAUUUGAAGUGAUGGGUUGGGGAUACUUUAGUCUUUAAAGUUGUAUCUGUAAUAGUGGGCGCCGGAUGAAUUUGAAAAGUCAGGAAAGGGUAAAAGCGUAGGGGCCGAAGUGGCUGCAACAAGAAAGCAUGCUGCCCGCAGCUCUCUAUAUAUUUACGUUACUGCAAUUAAUAUAUGUAUAAGUGUGAAUGCCUGUUGUUUGCAUUAAAUAGAUAAUGUUUUGGGUUGUUCGGAAA